CUUUCAGCUGGACAGCAUGAAGUUGUAGCUAUAGGCACAGGUGAAUACAAUUAUAGCCAGUGCAUUAAGCCAAAUGGAAGAGUGUUGCACGAUACUCACGCUGUUGUUACAGCAAGAAGGUCUCUCCUUAGGUACUUUUAUAGACAACUUCUGCUCUUCUACAGCAAAAAUCCUGCUAUGAUGGAAAAAUCAGUAUUUUGUACAGAGGCAGCUUCUAAUCUACUCACUCUCAAACAGAAUGUCAACAUUUAUCUCUAUAUGAACCAGUUGCCUAAAGGGUCAGCCCAGAUUAAGUCACAAUUGCGUCUUAAUCCACAUUCUAUAUCUGCAUUUGAAGCCAAUGAAGAGCUGAGUCUCCAUGUGGCUGUUGAAGGCAAAAUUUAUCUGACUAUCUACUGUCCUGCAGAUGUUGUUAAUAGAGUAAGCAGUAUGUCUUCAAGUGACAAAUUGACAAGAUGGGAAGUGCUUGGUGUACAGGGAGCAUUGCUGAGUCACUUUAUACAGCCAGUUUAUAUCAGCAGUAUACUUGUUGGUGAGUGGGAUUUCAGUACCUCCUGACCUCUUUUACUAAGUAAAUAUAUUAAUCAGUGUAAAACCAGA